ACAGGCAGCGGACCAGCGCAGGCCCGAACAAGACGCGCAGUGCAAUGCCAGUCAGCGGCAUCGGGGAGUACCGUCUCGGUACAAGUGCGUCAUGGGACGAGUACGUGGAACGACUUGAAAUGUACUGCGAAGCCAACAAGCUUUCGAAGGAUGAAGAAAAGCGUGCUGUUUUACUCAGCUCCUGUGGAGAAGAAACGUACAGUCUCAUCGUGACGCUGGUCAAACCCGAAAGGCCAACUGCUGCAGCCUACGAGAAGAUCAAGAAAGCGGUCCGAGAACACAUGCAUCCGAAGCCGUCAGUGCUGUACGGUAGAUUUUUAUUUUACAAGCGUAACCAAGCGCAAGGCGAAAGCGUCGCAGAUUACGUGACAGCGCUGAGAAGACUGGCUGAAAACUGUGGCUUCGGAGACGACACGCUUCCUAUGGACGAGAUGAUGCGAGAUCGUUUCGUCUUCGGCAUCAGCAACGAGGCUGUGCAGCAACGCCUACUGGCAGAAAGGGACCUGACAUUCACUGUGGCGUACGACAUGGCCGUGACAGCGGAAGCAACCCAACGGCAGCAACGAGAAAUCAGGACACAGAUCCUCAGCGACGCGAACUGCAUAGGCGACGCGGCCGUCCACGAAACGCGCCCAAAAGAGCCAGCUGCGUCCAGAGAUGGCGUCUGUUACCGCUGCAACGUUCGAAUGGCAAAUGGAGACGUGCACCAUAGGCAUCGCAACCAACUGAGGCGCGCAUGGCCGACGGAGAAGCCUUCAGAGCCACUACCUGACUACCACUUCCGGCUUCCUCCGGUACAAUCACCUGUCGACGUGGAGCCUGGCAUCACCAGCCCAAGUCCUCUCUACACGCCCGAGGGACCCGAGCUGAGAAGAUCUACACGAACUCGUAGACCGGUCGUUCGUUUUGGCUCCAGUGUUUAG